AUGGAGACAAGCACAAAUCACAUCAACGGGUCCGCCGCGAUCGCAAAGGGCACCACGGCACUCAAUCCCUACGCAACAAACCCAGAACAUAUCCCCCGAGACGAUCCAUUCCUUGCGCAAAGUACGCAGUAUGGAAGGUACACCCCGCACCCCGACGAUUUCACCCCUCACUACAAGCACUGGUAUCAGUCGGACCCCAAAGCGAACGCUUUUUGGCAGGAUGUUGCGAGAAAAUACUGCACUCCGGAGUACUCACUCGGUAUCUCCGGACCGAGAGAAGCUUUUGCCGCAGGCAGUGUGGUCAUUAGGGUUGAUCACGAAAUCACCGAUGGUGCGGCCGCGGAACGAUACUCCUGUGUGAACGCGAAUGAACUGUCAGCCGCUCGCAAAGUCGAAGAUACUCUGAAUGAGAUCGGCGUCACAGUCCCGGUGAUAUACUUUUGUGGGAAUAUUGAGGGGAGAAACGUGACAGUAGAAUCUCGAAUCCCGGGUGUGUCGCUGGACGUUGCUUGGCGAUACCUCAGUGCCGAGAAAAUCAAUGUCCUCAAGAAUCAAUGUCGGCAGAUCCUUCAGCAGCUCGAAAUGAUCGAUCCUUCUCCCGACGAACCCUCCUACGUAUGCCGCGGGCUCAAUUCGCAGAAACCACCAUCGAGCACGGAGCAAGAGCGAAACAUACUGUUUGCCGACAAGGCUGCAGAGGAAGAGCUGACAUUUACACAUAAUGACAUGGUACUUGCCAAUAUAAUUGUGCAAAACGACCGGGUCGUGGGCAUUGGGGGAUGGCGACAAAGCGGAUACUUUGGAAAAGCGCGCGCCCAAAAGAUUCACCAGUCAUUGAGGAAUCUUGAGCCUUCUGGAAAGACCGAAAGCGGUGCGACAUGGAUUGAUCUUUACGAUGCUUCUUUUGACUCCAGCAAGAGUGCGCCAUUAGUCAGAAGAUUGGACACUUCUCUACAACCUGUGAAAUCGGAGCCAAUGAGCUCGACCCUGGACAAAUUUCCGCCCAGCGAUGACCUGGAAACCAAAUCUUUUGGUUGGGAUGGAAAUGAUCAACCGACAUCCAAAACCCUCGCGAAUCUCAAAAAUGGCCCUUCCUCACGCGCAUCAUCGACAGACCGAUCAUCUCCGGCGAACUCAGUGAAACUUGCGACAAAUAAGAAGGCAUCCGCUGCUACAAAGAAGGCGUUGACGGACGCUCCAAUACACCAUUAUCGCGCACUGGCAAACCUCCUGGGAGAAAAGCAGGGCUCUGUAUCCGUUGCCGGAUCACCCUCACCGGAGAAAAAGAAGAGAAGGAAGCCCAGUAAGGCCGCCAUCAACCUGGGAGAUGAGGAUGAUUCAUUUGAAGACGAAAACGUAGUCUUUUGCAUUUGCCGACGACCCGACAAUCAUACAUGGAUGAUCGGAUGCGAUGGAGACUGCGACGACUGGUAUCAUGGAAAAUGCGUCAACAUCGAUCCCCGCGACGCUGAUUUGAUUGAUAGAUACAUAUGUCCGAGCUGCAACAAGCGCGGUAAAGGUGUCACAACAUGGAAACCGAUGUGCCGUCUCGUCGAAUGCCGCAAACCGGCCCGCGUCAAUCGCCAAAAUCCUAGCAAGUACUGCUGCGAUGACCACGGCCGCGAGUACAUGCGGCAACAUACCCGCCAUCUCAAGCUGGGAUCAACCCGGAACGGUCUAGAAGACUUGGGUAGCAUGGGUGGAAUACUUACGGCUGGCGAUCUCAAGGCCGCGAUCAUGAGCGCCACAUCAGUGCAAGAAUUCCGCAGACUCGGUGACAAAAUCAUUUCUCCUCCGCCAGAGUCAAAUAAGGAGGAAAGCCCCAAUGUAGAUGUCAAGUGCGAGACACCGCAGGUCGGUGACAAGCUCGGUGACACCGAAGCCAGCGACAUCGACUAUUCACCGGACGAAACAGCAAGGCUUGAGAAGCUCCGCAAACUCAGCGAGAAGACAUUGCACCGCAAAGAGAUGCUCGCAGCCCGCUCGACAUUUGUGGGUCUUCUGCGCCAGCGAGCAAAAGGCGUCGUCGAGAAAUUAAAGGCGCAUGAUCCGAAAGGCGGAUGGAAAGAUAUCUGCGGCUUUGAUUCUCGCCUCGCCUGGUCCGACGAGGAAUUUGAUGAUUGGCGAUUAUCGGAAGCCGGCAAGACAGCCCUCGUCGAGGGUACAGUCGAGGCACUUGCAGCGAGCUACCCUACCAACACCGACGGCGACGGCGACACAGCCAUGGACAACGAAGAGGACGAAAUGGCAUUCUGGACUCGCGGCAUCUGCACGAAGAAGCGAUGCGAACGACACAAGCAGUGGAUCAAAGUACAGCAGCAAGAUAUCACGUUCGAAGAGAACACGGCGGACCAAGAUCUCCGUAGAUACGAGUCUGAAGUUCGAUCCGUGGCUGAGAAAGCUGUGCUGAGGAAAUGGGCCGAGAAGGAGAAUAUGCCUUUUGAGGCACAGUGA